UUUGUACCAUUAAAAUACAGUCCGAGCUUAUCUAUACUCUUCUUUUGUGCGUUAUCAUUUAAUCUGAAGCGAUAUCAGAAUUCAUUUCAUCCUCUCUGCUUCACUGCCAUAAAUGCAUUUAUUUCUGCGUGUUAUGCUGAUGAAAUGAAUAGUUCGAUGCGAAACAGCGAGAAGAGAUUAUUCGAUAACAGCAAAUCAUUUAAUCGGAAAGAUAAAUCGGUCACUUAUCGUCUGCAUGAUGAUUUGUUACGAUUUUAUAGAAAAGGAACGAGACCCGUCAUGCAUCCGAAUAAACUCAUUACUGUUUCCAUGAGCGUUUUUCUUUAUCAGAUUAUUAAAUUGGAUGCGGUAAAAAAUACAAUCAGUUUAUCUGGCAGUUUCGAGUUGUAUUGGAAGGAUGAAUUUUUACAAUGGGAACCUCGAGACUAUGACCAUGCUACCGAAAUUUUCUUAUCGUCAUCAGAUAUUUGGAUUCCUGAAUUCUCUUUAUAUUACAGCCAUCACUACGACCAAGCAGUGAAACUUGUUAGCAAUAACGAUGUACGAGUUAAUUAUACAGGUCACAUACGCUAUUACAUUCCGUUUUCCACCGAAUCACUAUGUAAAUUGGAUGUCAAAUUUUUUCCUUUUGAUAUUCAACAAUGUACACUUCUGUUUGGUUCAUGGGCUCAUUCGAAUGAUUCAAUUAAAUAUUCACUGUAUUCGCAAAAUCUUAGCUUGAUAGAUUUUUAUGACAAUCAAGAAUGGCAACUCGAUUUGAUACACAGUAACAUAGCGUCCGAUGGAUUCCUUUAUGAUUAUUUGGAUCCUCCACUUUUUUGGGAAAUGAUUAUCAUGAAUUUGGUCGUUGUCAGACAAAGCUUCUAUUAUGUGUUUAACCUGGUUAUACCGAGUACCAUAAUAACUCUAGUAGCUGUAAUUGGAUUUCAUACUCCAAGCACCAGUGGACGAGUUAGAGAUGCAAAAUUUCGUCUUGGAAUAAUGACAUUGAUGAGUAUGAGUGUUAUCUUAUUGGCAAUUGUUGAAGAUAUGCCCAAAUUUAGCAUGUCAAGCAGGAAAGGUCGAGGAUCCUUCUCCGGAAUUCCUCUUAUUGGCUUAUACUACUUCAUCCUUCUUGCAAUAAUUGGUCUCUCAACUGUAAGCACAUCAGUAUUUGUAUUUUUAGAAAAAGAUCUAAGGGUAACACACCAAGUUCCAUGGUUCCUUGCCUGGUUAUCAUUUGAUACACCACUAGGAAAUAUUAUCAGUCGACUGAAGAAUCGCGCUCGAUCAAUCGCUUUAUCGAUGCUUCAGUUAAUCCAAGAAGAUGAAAAUGAAACAAUAAGUUCCUGCUUAUUGAAUAUAUUGGAAGAAACGAAGUCACUGCAACCAAGAGAUGAAACUCACUGGCAAACAGUUAUCAGAAGGUUGGAAAUACUGUCUCUUUCAUUUUACAUCGCACUUAUAACAACAACAGUUUUCCUUUUUUUUUAUCACGAUUGGUACUGUGCGAUAGGCCACAACGUCUGUGGCCAACCGAACUUGAAGUGCCCUUGGAUGCAUGUUGAUGCCGAUGCUCCUGAAUGUAUUUAA